CCAGCCUGGGUGACAAAGUGAGACCCUGUCUCUAGAAAAGAAAAGAGAGAAACACAGGCUUCGACAAAGUUUUCUUCUAAUUGGAGUUGGCAUCAUUGCUUAUGACCCAUCAAAUAACACAAAACUCCUUUCUUUAUGCUUUUCCUCACUUCUUUCCUUAAAAAACGAAAAAAGAAAAGGAAAGAGAGAAGGAAAGGAAAGGAAGUUAGAGAGGAAAAAUACCUGCAUGUUAUUUUCUCUGUAAUCCCUCGGAUGACUUUCAUGAACUAAGAGGUAAGAGUAAGAAAAGAAGUCAUGGGAAAUGUAGAUUGUGCAGCUGGAUGGGAACUUGGCGAUUGCCCUGUGAAGCUAUCUCACUUUCAGGUGAAGAAGCUGAACCCCAGAGAAGUUCUGUUACUUGCCUCCUCCUUCGGUGGGUUUUUCAUGAGCAAGGGUGAAAUUGCCAACCCCUUAACUUGAUCCAACAGCUCCCCAAACCAAAUAUCUUAAGCAAUAACUCAGGGACUUAGCUGGCAAGGAACAGACUUGGCGGUGGGAGGCAGUGGCAAGGCUGUGAAUGAACACACUAGGCUCUCUGGAGCACUUUGAGUUGGAGAAUGCAGUCUGGUAUGACAUGGGCCCAUCUUGGGCCACAGACUUGAUAAUCAAUUAUGUGAAGGCCUGAGAGACCUUUAUUGUGUCAUUUCAAUCCUGAGCUUAGAUCAAGGAAACUGGUUACCUGUUCCCCUGGUGUAUAUUGUCAGACAUACAGUAGGUGCUUGAUCAAUAAUUGCCAAUUAAAUGAAGCCUUAAGUGCAGCUUAGCAAGGUUUCCACGAGUAGGGGAAGUAUAUUAAAGCAUGUCAAUCUGGGUAAGACCCAAACCUACUGGAAAAGCACAGUAUUCAGUUAUCAGAGAAGCAAAUGCCUCAUUUCCACUGGGUGGCUUUGGAAUUUUUUUCUGACCACAACCUCCUCCUCAAAGCCCCAUUAGUAGGCAGUGCCUCCUACAGCUGUAGAAGUUCCUUUAAAGUGUGGCUUUUUCAUCUGAAUCAUCAGAAAGAAUUCAAAGUUGGCUGGGUCAGAGUUCAAAGUUUUCAAGGAGAACCCAGUUAAAGUUUGUGCUUAUUUACAGCAUAUGCCAUUCUCCAGGAUUAUUUUUAGAGGUGUUAAGAAAGUAAGGAACUCUCUUUGCAUUAAAGUUCUUCUUUUUCUCUCAUAUCCCUCCUCAUAUGCAAGUUCACCAGGUUUAUUCACUUCUUUGUCCCUGGUUUCUAUGGAUAAACCAGCCACGAAGGCUAUCUACAUCCAUUUGGAUGGGAGGGAACCAAUGGGAGCGUGGGAGAGAAUAUAUUAUGUAACCAGCCCAUCCUUCCCCAUGGCUGGGAUAGCAGGAAGGGCAGUGAGCCUCCCCCAAGAGCUUAGAGAUCCACUGGCCACAUCCACAGGCAAAGACAGCUGCAGAGAAAGUUUACACCCAGACCUCACAGCAUUCCUGCACAAACUCCUACAGAAAGAUUUCCCUUUCCAAGCGAUUUGCAACUUCUGCUGGUGUUUUCCAGGAUAUGGAUAGUACUUUUUAAAAUCAUUUCUUUAAAGGAUCAAGAUGAAGGUGAAUGCACUCCUGGCCAGGGCGCUUUAUGACAACUGCCCUGACUGCUCUGAUGAGCUGGCUUUCAGCAGAGGGGACAUCCUGACCAUUCUGGAGCAACACGUACCAGAAAGCGAGGGUUGGUGGAAGUGUUUGCUCCACGGAAGGCAAGGUCUGGCCCCUGCCAACCGCCUCCAAAUCCUCACGGAGGUCACUGCAGACAGGCCGUGCCCCCCAUUCCUGAGAGGCCUGGAAGAAGCUCCUGCCAGCUCAGAGGAGACCUAUCAGGUGCCCACUCUACCCUGCCCUCCCACUCCAGGCCCCGUUUAUGAGCACAUGAGGAGUUGGGUGGAGGGGCCCCAGCCCCCUUCUGCCCAAGUCUAUGAAUUCCCCGACCCUCCCACCAGUGCCAGAAUCAUCUGUGAAAAGACUCUCAGCUUUCCAAAACAGGCCAUCAUCACGCUUCCCAGACCUACCCGGGCCUCACUGCCGACUCUGCCUUCCCAGGUGUAUGAUGUGCCUACCCAACACCGGGGCCCUGUGGUCCUGAAGGAGCCAGAGAAGCAGCAGCUAUAUGACAUACCAGCCAGCCCCAAGAAGGCAGGACUCCAUUCCCCAGCCGGCCAAGCAAGUGGGCAGGGUGUUCCCCUGAUAUCAGUGACUACCUUAAGAAAAGGCGGCUACAGCACAUUACCAAGUCCUCAGAAAUCAGAAUGGGUUUAUGACACUCCAGUGUCUCCAGGAAAGGCCAGCGUCAGAAACACGCCUCUCCCCACCUUUGCAGAAGAAUCAAGGCCCCACGCUCUCCCCAGUUCCGGCUCCACUUUCCACAAUCCUGCAAGUGGCAGAGCCAGGUCCCUCACUCCACAACUGAAUACCAAUGUGCCCAUGCAGAAAAAACUCAGUCUUCCAGAAAUUCCUUCUUAUGGCUUUCUUGUACCCAGAGACACAUUUCCUUUGGAUGAAGAUGUCAGCUACAAGGUUCCUUCAAGCUUUCUGAUUCCCCGAGUGGAACAGCAGAACACCAAGCCCAAUAUUUAUGACAUCCCUAAAGCAAUAUCGAGUGUUUCUCAGGCUGAGAAGGAGCUGGCGAAAGCCAAGGAGGUGUCAGAGAAUUCCACGGGCCAUAAUUCCUCACGGUUCUGCAGACGGACAACUUCCCGAUCUCCUGAACUGGACAGAUUAUCAGGUUCCAGUUCUGACAGCAGAGCCAGCGUCGUUUCUUCGUGCUCCACCACAUCCACCGACUCCUCCUCCAGCUCUUCCUCGGAGGAGUCAGCAAAGGAGCUCUCCUUGGACCUGGAUGUGGCCAAGGAGACAGUGAUGUCUCUGCAGCACAAGGUGGUUAGCUCUGUCGCUGGCCUGAUGCUCUUUGUCAGUAGGAAAUGGAGAUUCCGAGACUAUCUGGAGGCCAACAUUGAUGCAAUCCACAGGUCCACUGAGCACAUAGAAGAAUCUGUAAGAGAAUUUCUGGAUUUUGCCCGAGGAGUCCAUGGGACUGCCUGUAACCUCACUGACAGUAACCUUCAGAAGAGAAUUCGGGACCAGAUGCAGACAAUCUCCAACUCCUACCACAUCCUGCUUGAAACAAAGGAAAGCUUGGAUAAUCGCAAUUGGCCUCUGGAAGUUCUUGUGACUGACAAUGUCCAGAACAGCCCAGAUGACCUUGAGAGGUUUGUCAUGGUGGCACGGAUGCUUCCGGAAGACAUCAAGAGGUUUGCCUCCAUUGUCAUUGCCAACGGAAGGCUCCUUUUUAAGCGGAACUGUGAAAAGGAAGAGACCGUGCAGUUGACCCCAAAUGUAGAAUUUAAGUGUGACAAAUGCAUCCAGCCUCCCCAAAGAGAAACUGAAUCACACCAAAAGAGUACCCCUUCCACUAAGCAAAGGGAAGAUGAACACUCUUCCGAACUGUUAAAGAAAAAUAGAGCAAAUAUCUGUGGACAGAAUCCUGGCCCUCUUACACCCCAGCCUUCGAGUCAACAGACUCCUGAGAGGAAACACCGCCUCUCUGAACACUGCCGGCUCUACUUUGGGGCGCUCUUCAAAGCCAUCAGCGCAUUUCAUGGCAGCCUCAGCAGCAGCCAGCCUGCGGAGAUCAUCACUCAGAGCAAGCUGGUCAUCACGGUGGGCCAGAAGCUGGUGGACACGCUGUGCACGGAGACCCAGGAGAGGGACGUGCGCAACGAGAUCCUCCGCGGCAGCAGUCACCUCUGCAGCCUGCUCAAGGACGUAGCGCUGGCCACUAAGAAUGCCGUGCUCACCUACCCCAGCCCUGCCGCGCUGGGGCACCUCCAGGCGGAGGCUGAGAAGCUGGAGCGACACACGCGGCAGUUCAGAGGGACAUUGGGAUGAGGACUCUCUACCUCCCUUCCUCCUCUGCUCACCUCUCAGCUUCACACCCACAACUUGUGCAACUCUGUCCUAUGGGAAAAGCCAGCCGGGGUAUACACCGAUCAGCUGAAACAGACCUGGUACCCAAAGACCCAAAGCUGGUAGUACCAAGUGGCUAAGCAACCCCGGGGUAUUGACUUACCCCAUAGGGGGUCAGGAAAGAGAGACAGAUAUGAGGUAAAACCCUGUGAAGUUUAGCAUAUAUGGAGUAUGCAGUAUCAGCUUGAAGUGACUUCGUAGAAAUCAUAUUUUAUGUUGAUUAAUUAAAUGUGUGCAUGUUUUGUUUGUUUGUUUUCUGAGACACAGUCUCACUCUGUCACACAGGCCGGAGGGCAGUGGCGCCAUCUCAGCUCACUGCAACGUCUGCCUACCGAGUUGAAGCAUUUCUCCUGCCUCAGCCUCCAGAGUAGCUGGGACUACAGGCAUGCACCACCAUGCCCAGCUAAUCUUUGUAUUUUUUUUUUUAAUGAAAAGUCUCACAUAUUUAUUACUGAACCCAGCCAACCAAUGCAUUCAUAACAGAUUCAGAGAGAAAAAAUAUAUUCCCAAUAAAACAUGUACAACUCUCCAGAGAGUGGUGACAUUUUCACCUUGAUGUGGUAACAUGACCGUGACCUUCAGACAGCAUAAAUGUGUGUGCCGUCUCAUGUGCAAUUCCUUAUAGGCCCAGCUUGGUUCUUCUCCAGUGUCUCCUUUUGGAGUUGUACUUGAUUUUAUUACCAGUUUUCAUCCAAAUCCACUGGGGAGUGGGGCGAUUUUCUUUUUGCUUCUUGGUCAGGAAUCACAAUCCUGAAAGUCUUAUGAGAAGACAUGGCAAGAAGCAGAGUCAAGCACACACCACAAUGGCAGAGAAAGGAAGAGCUAAUUUUUGUAUUUUUAGUAGAGAUGGGUUUCCACCGUGUUAACCAGGCUAGUCUGGUUCUCCUGACCUCAGGCCAUCCCCCGCCUUGGCCUCCCAAAGUGCUGGGAUUACAGGCGUGAGCCACCAUUCCCGGCAUGUAUGUGUUUUAAAUUCACUCAUUUAACAUUUAUUUAUUGGAUGCCUACUACAUGCCAAGUUCUAGGUGCUGGAGACAUAACAGUGUAGCAGAGGCCUUGCCCUCUUGGAACCUACAAUCUAGUAGGGGAGUCAAACAGUAAAGUGAUGAAGAAAUACAUACACAGUAUAACAGGUGCCAGGAAAAACGUAAGUUGGCGAAGCACAAGAGAAAUGGUUUUGAAAUGGUUAAUUUUUAUUGCGUUCAUUAGAAAAUAGAGUAAGUUUUUUUGUUGUUUUGAAUUGAAUUAGUUCUGUGAGAUUGGUACAAAUUAUGUAUGUCUUGCACCCAUAAAUAUAUAUUUUUGCUAUGUUACUUUAACCUAAAGAUAGAUGUUAUAUUUACAACAUAACAUGAUCUGUUGGGUUCUCUAUUAAUUUAUUUCAUUCAUUACAGAUUCUGGGUUGAUAAAUUCUGCUCAGUUUGAAAAAUUUUAUAUUUUGUCUCAAAUCUGUUACAAUGUAUAUUGGUUGGUGCAAAAGUAAUUGCAGCUUUUGCCAUGGAAAGUAAUGGCAAAAACCGCAAUUGCCUUUGCAUCAUCCUAAUAAUAUUAAAUACAAUCAUGACUUUAAACAUCA